CACACCCACAUCGCACAGCUGCAGUGGCCCUUGCGAGCAACCAGCAGAGCCUGAGCACCCAAGGUCGAGACGUCAUGGCCAACAAGAAGAAAAAGUCUGCCAAGAAGCCUCCGGCAGCCAUGGCCGCAUCCAGCGGCUCCGCGGCCCCAGGCCCAACCCUCGAGGAUGCCAACCGCUCCCUGGCGAUUCUGCUUCAGUGGAUGGAUGGCAACGGCAUCAAAAUCGACCACGAUCUGAUCGAGAUCCAGACGUAUCUGAGACCAGGGGGAUUUUGCUUCCGAGUCGUCGCGAAGCAAGAUCUGGAUUACGACAUGACUGUCUGCACGAUUCCGAAGGAGGCGAUCCUCUCUUGGCAAAACUGUGGCAUUGCCGAUAUCCUGGAGCCCCAUCAUGAUGUGCCCGACAAAAUGAAGCUUGUCCUUGCCAUCAUGUUUGAACAGUCUCAGGGAGAAAAGUCGCCCUGGUGGGGCUAUCUUCAAUCGCUUCCUGUCUUCGAGCCGAUUCCCCUUCUCUGGCCCGCGGACGACGUCAAGGAACUUACUGCCUUCUAUCCCCAUGACCAAACCCAGGAUGUGGUUCUGGGCAGACUCGAGCAGCACCUGCAGCCCAUCUUGCAGGCGCAUCCGACCAUCUUUGCUCCAGCCGAAUUCUUCUCGAUGGAGCGGUCGCUUUCUAUUGCCUCUCUCAUCAAAUCGCGGGCCUUUGAGGUCGACGACUAUCACGGUGACUCGAUGGUUCCGCUCGCGGAUCUCUUCAACCACAAAUCCGGUGCCGAGAACGUCCGCAUCCACGCCGAUCGCGAUGUUUGUGUCUUCUGCGGCAGCAACGGAGGCUGCGAGUGCGAAGAUAUAGACGCCAGUAAAAGCGAAGGCGAGUAUGAGGGAGCCAUGGACGAAGAAUGGGAGGACGUCGACGACACGGCUGACGACAUGGCCGAUGACAUGACCGAUGACGUGGUUGAUGAAGAAGCCGAGGGAAACGACGAAGAUGCAGACGACGCCGAUGGGGACCGCUCCGAGGAUGGUCGCAGCGUCGAUCAGGACUCGGAUGUCUGCCCAUCCGAACUCGACGACCCAGACAAUCCGCUCGAGGAGUUUGUCGACAGCCUUGAGAUGAUCGUUGUAAAUCCGUGCGCCAAGGGCGACGAAGUAUUCAACACCUAUGGCGAUAUAAGCAACGGUGAGCUUCUGCUCAAUUACGGCUUUGUGGAAGCCAACAAUCCAUUUGACGCCAUGCACGUCGAGCUGGACGAUAUCGUCAAGGGAUUCUCGGACCGACUCAGCGAUGCAGAUGCGAGAGCCCGCGUCCUUUGGUGGUUUGCCAAGCGCGCUGCGUUCAAAGAUAUCCUCUUUGGACCUGACGACUGCCACGAUGAGGACUGCGGCUGCGGCCACGAUCACGACGACGACCCUCACGACCACCAUGGCAGCCACGACCAUGAUCAUUGUGGCGGGGAAUGCGAGGAUGAAUGCAAUGACGACGACAGCGAUGACGAGGAUGAGUUCGGUGGGCACGAAUCGGACAAGCCGUUCACGUUCAAUGUCGACGGCCAUGCCAGCAUCGACUUUAUCGUUGUGGUCUCGCUCUUGAUGCUCGACAAGAGUACAUUCAAGAUGUGCCACGAUUCUCCCGACGUUGCUGCCCAGUUUGUCGCAGAGAUUGUGGAUCGAGGACCUACCCUCACGGAUGCUCAGCCGAGCAUAAAAUCGCCGGGUUCGGGCAAGAAGAAAGGCAAGAGCCAGGCCGACAAGAUGGCAACGGCUGUGAGGCUGAAGCUGGCGGGCUUUGCGCGACGAAGUCUGGAGCAGUUUCCUUCUCGGUUCGAAGAGGAUGGACGAAUUCUAAAAACCCUGGGCGACAAAGUAUCAAACCGGCGCUGGAUCCUGAUGCACCGCAUGGGCAGCCGACAAAUCCUGGGUGCUGCUUUGAAGAACUACAGCUGAUCUCUGGGCUCGAAAUUGGCUGGACUGGGCGGACCCGAGGUGCUCUGGCAAAGUGAUGCGAGGGUGGCGCAAUUCCGCUCGUGCCGGAGGACCUGGCAAGAGCAAUGUGAACGCAAUGAGGUCUGAAAGCCAUCAGCGCAGAAUGGCUAUCGCAUAUUCUCUGAACCAAAUGGUCUCAAUAUACUCUGACGAGCCAAGAGGAACGGAGGUGGACGUUGGGAUAAAUAUAGCACUGUUGGUUGUCUGCCGCAUCCGACAAGUUCGGUACACGACCG